AUGGAGCUCGAUGCGGAUGGGAACGUGCGAUCGGGCGAGGACGCGGCGCAGCGCGAGGCGGUGGCGAGAGAGGCGGAGGAGCGGCGCGGCACGGCGCUGGCGAGCGUGCUCGAACCGGCGGCGCGCGAGCGGUUGAGUCGAAUAGCGAUCGUGAAGCCGGAGAAGGCGCGGGCGUUGGAGGAGAGCAUCUUACGCGCGGCGCAGAGCGGGAAAGUGCACCGGGUGAGCGAACAGGCUUUGAUCGGGAUGUUGGAAUCGAGCGCGACGGGCGCGGCGGGCGCGACCGGCGGACGCGUCGGUAGCAUAACAUUCGACCGUCGACGAAACGCCUUCGACGAGGACGACGAAGACUGA